AAGGCCAAUGGAAUGACGUUCGGUCAUCUGUCAACUCAACUGUCUAAUGUCAUGUCAAUUCGUGUCUUGUUUUUGUUGAAUGUAUGCAAAUUUUUCAUUGUUUGUUAAGUUGGAAUACCAUUAUUUGUUGUUAAACAAGAAGUAUUAGGGAGAGGCGGCGAAAUUUCCGGCAAUUUAACCAAAAUGGGGGACGGCAACGAUGGUGAAAAACAGCCGCUAUUAUCUACCGAAAUUUCCAACUAUAAUGGUGAUGUUUCUGGUCAACAAGCUACAGUCUCCCCCAUCGGCCCCGAUGAGCUGCCGCCGCCGUUCUUCCAGCAAUCCGAAGGGGGCGGCGUCCCCAUGGUCACCUGCCGAGUGUGCCAAGCCAUGAUCGACAUAUCCGGCAAAAGGGACCAGCACGUGGUCAAGUGUACACAAUGCAACGAAGCAACGCCUAUCCGGAACGCCCCGCCGGGCAAAAAGUACGUCCGAUGCCCGUGCAACUGUCUGUUGAUAUGCAAGAGCUCAUCGCAGCGCAUCGCCUGCCCUCGACCCAACUGCAAGCGAAUCAUCAACCUGGCGCCGAGCCCCGUCACGCCGCCGGUGCCCACCAUGCCCGGCAUGUGCCGGGUCACCUGCGGACAUUGCCACGACACCUUCCUGUUCAACACGUUGAACAACGCCUUGGCGCGGUGUCCGCACUGCAGGAAGAUCUCGUCGGUGGGGCCGGAUUACGCGCGCGGUCGCGCCAAUAUUUUCCUCAUCCUGGCGGCGGUGUUUCUGAUGGUGGCGGUCGGCGUGACCGCCGGCACGUUCGCCUACGCCCGCCAGCACAGCGGCACCUACGUGGCGUACGUGGGCGCUUUUUUGCUGGCCUUGAUCAUGUUCGUGCGCAGCAUGUACUAUUUCUUUAUGAAGGUGAGCAUCAUCGAGGGGCCGAUGUAAGAGGGCGCUCGAGACGAUGAAGGACUGUAACGUUUCC